AUGGUCCAAUACAUCUUUACGCCAUGGCGUGACCGCCGCGAACUGCUCGCCGUCCGCCGCCAAUUCUAUCCAGCCCUCGACGGCGAGACCAGGGCAGAAUCAAGAGCGGCGGCCCGGGACGUCGGGGCAGCCCAGCAUGCAGCUGUUGCGCGGGUUGCCAUAUGGAUGCAGCGGGGGCACUGUCCACACAUGGUGGAGUCGACGGCGUUGUUGAUGGCGGCCGUGUUGGCUGAUGCGCCUUGCGCGUCGGCAGAGGCCUCGGCAGGCUCAAGGACGGGUGCGAUGGCGGGCUCGGCUGCUUACGCCGCCCGCGCCACCUACUCUGCCGCCUUCUCCCGCUUCGUCACCGGCCUCCUCGACGGGCAGCAGGACCGCGCCCGCAAGCUCUCCAUGCACGGCCUCGCGCAGGCCGUCGGCCUGCCGCCCGGCUUCGUCGAGCUCCGCCACCAGGCGACGCACGAGGCACUGCCAGCGUUGCGGCGGCUGCGGGUGGCGGCUCGCCAGGCCUUGGCGUGGAUCUGGGGGUACUACUGGGCGCACUUGGAGGACGAAUCUGACGUUGGUGGAGCCAGAGCCGUGUCGGCGGCCGUAGUGACAGAGGCGACCACGGACACUGAAACCUCUCUCCACACAACGCUGCUCGCAUACGUCGACAACGACGACCCCGACACUGCCAUUCCUGCCUCGCUGGUCGAGACGUGGGGCGAGGCGGAGGUGCUGGCGGGCUUGGCAGCGAUUGGUGCCGAAGGCGACGGCAAAGAGGGCGAGGAUGAAGCUCACACAAAGAGCCGCGCACUGCGGUGUAUACGAUUGUCACGGAGGCUUCUUCGUCGAGACGACGACAAGAAGAGUGCCGCAGCUACAGAGACAGGGCCGAGGACGAGACGGGCAGAGGCAACGGACAAUGCAGAAGAGACUGUACAGCCAGCAAGUGCACAUCCGGCAAGCCCGGCAACGGCAACGCGUGCAACAAAGCCGUCGGCUGGCCCGGCUGGCUGGACAACGGGAAAUCUCAACUUGGAGGCCAUGCGGGCAGCCAUGGCUCGAAGUCGGCAGGCUUUCUACGAAGGGGGUGAUGAGGGGGAUGUGGAGGGCCAGGAGAACGACGGAAAUAUGGCAGAGCCUGGGGCCGACGAGAAAGAUGAACCGCCAGAGGAAGCUCACGACGAAGAAGCGGCAGAGAAUGAAGUGGUCAUGGCUGAGGACGACGACAGGGCGGCAGCUCCUGAGCCUGAAUUUGCAUCACGCAACCCACGGUGGACACGAUACUCUGGCGAGUGGACACCACGGCCGAUUGGCGUUGUGUAG